CGUGAAACGCGCCAUCUUUGUUCUUGGUAAGCAACGGUCUGAAUCGUCUCGUCUACUUCUAGCCUUCUGGGAAGGAGAGAAGCAGUCUUCCACCGAAAUAACAUGUCUUACGAUUUAUAGCUUUUAAAAUCGUUUGAUGGUUUUUACAGGACGAAGGACUAUUUUAAAGGUGAGUAUGUCGUUUUGUACCCUUUCGUAUUCCUCUUCGUUGUUUAGGUUCGUGCGUGAUUGAUCGGUCGACUAAGUGCACGGGAUUUCCCUCUCGUUUUGCCAUGCAGUUUAUAUGAAAAACUCUUCGUUCAGCGAAUUUUCUCCUAGGAAGAUUUCGGCUAAAGUCUGAGAAGAUCGCCGCAAAGCUUUCUAAUCUACCACGACAGGUAUUGAAAGCACGAAACGUGUUAUCAAACGUGUCAAGAAGCUUCUCUAUGGCGAUGUUUUUGUUGACUUAGGCGGAAUAUGCCGAUGUUUUUGGAUUAUAUCUCGAGCGUGCAUCGUAGAAUAUUGAGAAUUGUUCCCUAAAUGACAGCAAAAAAUAUUUUCCCAUCUUCGAAACGACGAAAAGCGUACGUUUCGCAAACUCAACAGGUACCAUGGAGUGCGGCUUGCCUUCUGUAUGGUUCACUCUCCAGUCGUGGCAUCCCAAGUUUUCUUCAGUUGCGGUCACGCUUAUAAUAAAUCAUUGUUUGAUGGUAAUCUUUUUACGUUUCUUUGUUUUGACUGAAGUCUUAGAGGUUUUUAUGGGUUCCUUUUUUUUUUUUUUUUUUUUUAAGCUUUUACUCAGUAAAACCAGUGGAAAUACAUCGUGAGGAUAAGGUUUCGUUAGAAGUGGCUGUUGUGUAUUGGGCAAUAUGCGCCUUACUCAAGAAACAUAAUUUGUAUCUGACCAAAGCGUAGCAAAUAUCUGAAACCCUUUUUCCUCUUCGACAGGAACGUCAAUGGCUGGCCCAAGGCGUAUCUUGGAUAUAAAUCGCGCGACGACGGAGGAAUUGGAGGGUUUAAAUGGAGUCGGAAGAACAAUAGCAAAAAGCAUCGUGGAUGUCCGAACUGCUCUAGGCGGGUUUUCAAGCAUCGAAAACUUGCUUGUCAUUCCGGGUAUAGGACGUUGUUUUAUAGAUCUACACAAAGAUGCCCUUUGUUGUUCUCCCCUGCCCAAUCUUAACAGGAGAGAGACAAGAGGCUCUGCCAAAGCUAAGACUGGUAGGCAGUCAUUAAACAGGAGAUCUUCUCCAACUGCAGCUAACAAAGGACAUGGAACACCCAAGGGAAAAAGUGAAUCAAUAAAACGAAAACUCUCAAGCAGUAGUCAUGAUCUAGAAAAUGAGGAGAGUGAGAAAUCAUCACCAGAGAAAAAGUUCUGUUCUCCUGCCCAAAAGAGGCUGUUAAAGCUUCUGCCUCAUAGAAACUAUGGUACCAUCAAGACAGCCACACCUGUGAUGAGUCCAGUUGACAGCCGUAGUCGGCACAUGUCAUUUUGCAGCCAUCCUCCAGCGGGUCUAGAAGAAUGGUUGCAAACAUUUCUGCAGUGGACAGCUGAGGAAAGGAAAUAUGCUCUUGAUGAGAUCAUUGAAAAUUGUGAGCCAACAGUUGUUAGACACAUUAUGGGUACCAUUGAACCAAGAUUUCAACGGGACUUCAUCUCUCUUUUGCCAAGAGAACUUGCAUUAUAUGUUCUGUCAUUUUUAGAACCCAGUGACUUGUUACAAGCUGCUCAGACCUGCAAGUGCUGGCAAACACUUUGCGAUGACAACCUGUAAGUACAGUGCAAAAGAGAACUUCUUUUGUGAUGUGAUGUAUUUUCAAUUACUUGUAUAAUUAGUUGAAAUAUCAAAAAGUAUUAUGGGUGUUAAGAGGAAUUAUUACAGAUAUUUUUGAAAAACUUGCAUUGAAUAAGUGCUAAGAUGGUGGAGAGUGCCACAUGAAAGGGUAUGCUCUUCAAAAACUUUCUCUGGGAAACUUGCAAGGAAUAUCUAUAAUGAAGUCACACAUCAAGUCAAAGUUAAUGUUUAAGUUGACAAAAAAUUCAAGCUGACUGUGAUUAAACAGCAGUGAUCGACCUCUUCAACUGAUAAGGCACGUCUGUGCCUUGCCCUUGUUUUUUCUUUCAUGACCAAGUGUGACAUAUUUUCAUUUUAUUGAUAAAUUUGUGUCAUCAAUGUUUCCUAAGACUUUGCAUUGAGACUUGACCCAGAAAAAUUUAAGAAUAGAUGUUAUUCAUUUGAUUAAGGUCACUUGGACACACACUGUACCUCCAACUGAAAGUUGUCAGAUUUGAAACAAAAUCUUCUGUUCUACAAAACUUCAGGGCAUAUCUACAGUACACCAACAUUAAUAUUCACCAGGCAAAAGAAUGGUCCAAAAUAGGAAAAGCACCAUUUUUGUCAGCAAAUUAAUUACUCAUUUUCCAUCAAUAAUUUGGAUUGCAUUUGGGAAUGGUAGUACUGUUCCCUCAGAAGAUCUUUUCAUUGCGUUGAAGGCUUAAAAGACCAUCACCUUCAAUAAACUUGCUUUCCAUUUAGAGCUCCUAAAAGUGUAUCUCAGUCAGAAUGGGAAAGAAAAACCUGAAAAUCUCCAAACACACAGCCAAACUGGUCAUUAAGUUUGCAGUAAAAUGUGGAGGAAAAUUUUCCAUCUCAAAGCAUUGGUUAGCUGACCUCACAAGCUUGCAUAAUUGGAUUAUGAAGCACACUUGCACUUUUUAAAUUUGGGUACCUGAAUUUCUGUGACAACAUGCAUUAGAAUUUACAGCCUGAUGUGAUACCCUGUCUUUUUUUAUAGGCUAUGGAAGCAGAAAUGUAAGCAAGCUAAUAUUGAAGAAGAACCAGUAACUCCUGUGAAAAAUGGUAGGCGUAGAUCCAAUAAUGCACAACAGAUAAACCAAAAUACUAAAGCUGCAAACAGCCCUUUCAAGAAACUUUACAUGACAAAGCAGCGCGUGUAUUGGAACUGGAGAAUGGGCCCAUUACGUCCAUCCAAAGUCCUUAAAGGACAUGAUGACCAUGUCAUCACCUGUCUUCAGUUUUGCGGCAGCAAAAUUGUUAGUGGUUCUGAUGACGGAACUCUUAAAGUGUGGUCUGCAAUAUCUGGAAAGUGUCUACGCACUCUUGUAGGUCACACUGGGGGUGUUUGGUCAUCUCAGCUGAGUGGCAACAUCAUUGUCAGCGGCUCUACUGAUCGCACACUGAAAGUCUGGAAUGCAGACACUGGUUACUGCAUGCACACACUUUAUGGACACUCAUCUACCGUUCGUUGUAUGGACAUGCAUGACAGCACUGUUGUUAGUGGUUCAAGGGAUGGUACUUUAAGAGUGUGGGACACUUCUUCUGGAAACUGCCUUCAUGUGUUGGUUGGGCACCUUGCUGCAGUGAGAUGGUGAGUGAAACUAUCUGUAUACAGACAUGUGGAACAACAUGUGUCUACUGAUAAUGUUUUUCUAGUGAAGUGUCAACAAUGAGAGUUGGAUAGAAGAAGGAUUCUUGCCAUUUCUUGCUUGAAAUGUUUUUCUAUGCACAGCUGGUGCAGAGUAUGCAGUGAUUCCUCUAACUCCCACAUCAGAAUUUAAUCAGUAAACUUAACAGAAAUAUACAUGUACAUGUACAAUUCAAACAAUCCACCCACAGGACCUUGACUUGUUGGGCACACCAGAUUUUAUACAGAACCCAAGUCCAAUGAAAAUUAACUGACUAUGUCAGUUAAAAUGCUCACAAUUUACCCAAAAUAGUUUACAAUUUGGGAUGCCAUAGUUCUACCAAAUUUAAGAUAUACUGGUUGCAAAUUGAGAUUCUCUGGGAUUCUUUUUUUCAUACUGUAGUUCAAAACCUAAACUUAAAUAUACAUGUACAUGUACCUUUCAAACUGUACCUUUUGAACUUCAUUUGGAUUGAAUUAAUUUUCUGCCUGUUUCAGACCCUUGCUUUUGUUUUGAAACAUUUCCGUUGCAGAGGUCAAUGUUCUGAGUAGUUGUCAUCUUCAAAUUCUAAUUUUAAUCCGUAUUGAAUGAGCAAGAUAUUUGGUGGUUAUGAAGGCAUACAAGUAAAUUUAAACUUAACAUUUACUAUUAUAAUUCAUAUACUAUUCUUUUUAAUAGUGUGAAGUAUGAUGGCAGACGUGUGGUCAGUGGAGCAUAUGAUUUUUUGGUAAAAGUUUGGGACCCUGAAACAGAGCAGUGUAUACACACUUUGCAAGGACACACCAACAGGGUGUAUUCUCUACAGUUUGAUGGUGUUUACAUUGUGAGCGGCUCAUUAGAUACUUCAAUACGAGUAUGGCAUGUAGAGACUGGACAAUGCCUGCAUACCUUGAUUGGUCACCAGUCUUUAACAAGUGGCAUGGAGUUAAAAAACAACACAUUAGUCUCAGGAAAUGCUGAUUCUACAGUCAAAAUCUGGGAUAUUGCCUCUGGACAGUGCCUGCAGACCCUGGCAGGCCCAAAUAAACACCAGAGUGCUGUUACUUGCCUUCAGUUUAACAGCCGUUUCGUUAUCACCAGUUCUGAUGACGGCACAGUUAAAAUUUGGGACUUGCGGACAGGGGAGUAUAUCAGAGAUCUAGUAAAGUUGGACAGUGGUGGCAGUGGUGGUGUUGUGUGGAGAGUGAAAUGUGAUGAAAAGAAGUUGGUUUGUGCUGUUGGAAGCAGAAAUGGAACUGAAGAAACAAAACUUCUGGUCUUGGACUUUGAUGUUCAUGAGUAAUUGCUUGAUUUUUGCACUGCUUACUGCUUAAUUGCUCUAGCAGACAGUGCAAUAGUCAUUUUUUUGUAAAUUUUUUGUUUUCAUUUUGAAAGGACUCUCUUUAGUUUCUGGAACGUGUAGGCAUCAUUGUUCUCAUCUCAUUCAUUAAUCUCACAGUGUUACAUAAUUGUGUUAUUUUGUCAUUGGUGUUGUGGCUGCAAGCAACAUAUUUUGCCUUUUGUACAAAAUUUGUGAGUUGAGUUAAGUUGGACAGCACUUUGUAAAAAGUAAUUCAUUAAAGCUGUAUUUGCCUUUUGGAUAAUGCAAGGCCAAAAAAUAUAUUAGUCCUAUUGCAAAACUAAUUUUACAAACAAUAUUUCCAGGUUUGGUUCAUUUAGGCCAAAUGCCUCU